AUGACGAUGUCGCAGGUCGUGGAAGGUCGCGCCCGCCCUCGCGUGCGGGUGCACGAUCGUGAUGAAGCCGUCGGAGCUGACGCCGCUGACCGCCCUGGUGACUUCCCUGAGGGCGUUGUCAACACCGUCCCCUCGCUCGGCUCCGUCGGGGGAGCCGCGCUGUCAUUGCACAAGGAUGUCGACAAGGUGGCGUUCACGGGGAGCACAGUAACCGGGCGCAAGAUCAUGGAAGCUGCAGCGAAGAGCAACCUGAAGAAGGUUAGCCUGGAGCUUGGUGGGAAGUCGCCACAUAUCAUCUUUGAGUCUGCGGACCUUGAUCAGGCUGCGAACUGGGCCGCGAUGGGCAUCCUGUACAACACUGGGCAAGACUGUACGGCCGGAUCACGCCUCUUCGUCCAGGACACCAUCUACGACAAGUUCAUGUCGAUUCUGGUCGGGAAAGCGAAGCAGCUUAUUGUUAGCGACGGCUUCAACGAGAAGGCCUCUGGCGGUCCUGUGGUGUCCAAGACGCAAUACGAGAAAAUAUUCCGCUACAUCGGCUACGGCAAGGAGGAGGGCGCGAAGCUCAUCUUGGGAGGAGAAAAGCGCGCCGGCAAGGGCUACUUCGUGGACCCCACCAUCUUCACCGACGUCAGGCCGGACAUGAAAAUCUUCCAGGACGAGAUCUUCGGGCCAGUGCUAUCUGUCGCCAAGUUCGCGACUGAGGAGGAGGCAAUCCGGCUCGCCAACGAUACCACUUAUGGCCUAGGUGCCGGCCUGCAUUCCAAUGACGCCGGCCAAUGCAUGCGCGUCUCGAACGAGCUGGAGGCGGGAACGGUCUGGGUGAACCAGUACAACCUCCUGUACAACAACGUGCCUUUUGGCGGAAAGAAGCAGAGCGGCAUCGGCCGGGAGCUGGGGAGCUAUGCGCUUGAGGAGUAUACGUCGGUCAAGGCUGUGCACUGGAACUUUGCCGAUAAACUGGACUGGCCGCUCUGA